AUGAAUAUUAGCAUGACAAUGAAUAUCUAAUAUAUAGCUAGAUUUGAUCCCAAAGGAUCCACAUAGUAGGUUAAAGUUGCGAUGCUUAUGUAGUAAGGAAACAGAUUAUUGAAUAUAUAGAAAGAUAAUGAAGGUUUCUUUUUUAUUUCUAAAAAUGCUAAAGUUAAGAUUAUAGUAAUAAUAUUCAACGCAAAGAACAUGUAGCUGACCAUCAUACAUAUUUUCAAAUAUUAGCUUAUUUAAUUAUCUCUAAUAAUACCUAUAUAAAAGAAGAAAAUAAGCUCUAUUAAUAACUAAGGUAACACUCUACAUAUAUAAAACUUCCCCAAGUAAUCAUAAUUAGGCAUUUUAAAUGGAUAAUAUAAAAAACCAACUGAAAAUAUGUCUAAAAUCCACUAGAUUCUCUAAUUGUUACUAGAUAUUAGUCUAAUUAAACAAACGAGCUUAUCUAUACCAAAGAUAAUCAAAUAUACAAUAGAAUAAGCAAGCGCACUCUUACUUUUGUUAUCUUAUAAAAUUAUUAGUAUAGAAACAUACGUGCUAAGUAGACUAUUUAAAUAAUAUAUCAACAAGCUAAAAAAAGCCAAUUUUUUUUGA